AGCACGUCACAUACCGCUCCCCUCCGUCCUUUCGUCCCCCCUUUCAUCUCAGGACCCCCUGUAUCUUUAUCUUUUUACUCUUCUACGCUAGGUGUGUGCCGACAUACACAUCAUGUACGCACAGUCGUCGCGCCCGCAGUCGAUGGUAGACCCAGAAUACAGGCCCUCGCCGGAAUUUGCGUCAGAGGCACGGCAAUACUCGCCUUCACGACGUUCGCGGUCGCGUCUGAGAGGCCCACCCGAAGACAUGCCGCCGCAGCAGUACGAUUACAACGCCGGACCUGAAUCGUUUUCGCCCGACGGCGACGAUUUUUACGCUGGCUCGCAAGCCAACUUCAAUGAACCACCCGUCUUGACUUCUCAAUCCGUGCGUUCAUCUUCGCCCAUCGGUCCCCAGCCCAUCCUCGACCACUCGCAUCUACGACCCGGGAAGCAAGCUGCACUACUUUCCCAUGGGCAGACUCUUGAGCUCUACCGCGCAAAUGCCAAGAAGACAUCUGACCCAGACUUGCAAUUUGAGUUUGCGGUAUUCAUGAUCGACGCCUCAAAGACGUUACCCAUACCGACACCGACGCCAGGAAACGUCAUGGAGGUGGAGAAGGCGAUUGAGAAGCGCGAGGAGCUCAUCCGGGAGGCGACUUCCCUGCUGAAGCGCAACGCCGAUCGAGGUCAUAUGCCAUCGCAGUACUUCCUCGCGGACUGCUACGCGAACGGCAUUGGGACGCACAAGAACCGGCAGGACUUUGACCGCGCGUACCCCCUCUUCGUGCUCGCCGCCAAGCAUGGACACCCCGAUGCUGCCUACCGCGCGGGGACAUGCUGCGAGAAUGGGUGGGGUUGCCGACGUGAGAGCGCGAAGGCGUUGCAAUUUUACCGUAAAGCUGCGGCCGCGCUACACCCUGGCUCGAUGUAUCGUCUCGGAAUCGCAGAGCUCAACGGUGAACUGAGUCUCUCGAAAAACCCGAAGGAGGGCGUCAAGUGGCUAAAGCGGUCUGCGGAGCACGCUACGGCCGAAUUCCCACAUGCGCUACACGAACUCGCGCUGUUACACGAGCGUGGAAUCGACAACGUGCUCUUCGUUGACUACGAGUACGCGGCGGAGCUACUUGCUCAGGCGGCAGAGUUGGGGUAUGCGCCGAGCGCGUACAGGCUGGGCGAGUGCUACGAGUAUGGAAAGAUGGGCUGUCCACAGGACCCGGCGUUGUCCAUUCACUACUAUAACAUUGCCGCCCAACAGAGCCACCGAGAUGCUUGCUUUGCCCUAACAGCGUGGUACCUGGUCGGCUCACCAGGUGUUUUACCACAAUCGGAUACGGAAGCGUUCCUCUGGGCGAAGAAGGCCGCGGAGGCGGGGCUUGUCAAGGCGAUGUACGCCGUCGGCUACUUCCUUGAGGUUGGCAUCGGCACCGACCCCAACCUGCCAGAAGCGAUCAAAUGGUACCGUCGCGCAUCAGAGCUAGGCGACAAACGUGCGGCGCAGCGGCUAAAGAGCUCGAACCCCGUGGAGCGUGCGCCAGGCGGGCCUGGCUCUGUUCUCCAUCGCGACAGCAAUGACGAAGGCAACGGCAAAGGCUCGAAGGACAAAGAGUGCGUCAUUAUGUAGUCAUGUUGCUGCGGGGCAGGCCGAUAUGCGCGCGGUGCGCAA